UUGGUGUGGAAUAAAGACACGAUUUCUAGCGGGGCGUCUAACUUUUUUCGGAAGCAAAAUAGCACGCGGAGCCUGGCAUAAACCAUGUAAACUGGCUCUACAGCUUUUGGACCCAAUUUGGUGCUGGGAUUGACUGGCUGCCUACAGACAGUCAAGGUGGCGGAAAGCCUCGGAGUAGAUCUGCGAGCGAGAAAUCUUUCACCCGAUACCAGUCAUUAUCAGGCUGUUCAUUAAUUCGUUAGUAGUUUGUAUUUCACUGAAGAUCAACGACGACAUGAUGUGGUCUCACUCUCCGCUGGGAACAGCCACCUUCCUCCUCCUUCCCUCCCUCCUAUGCGUUAUCGUGUCCUUGCCUGGUUCAGCGACGGCAACAGUUUAUCAUGCUUUCCCGGACCCUUCGUGUCAAGAGCCAGCGAUAGCUGAUCAGGGAAACCUCUGCACUGUGGGAGGGAAGAGUUUUUCUGAGUGUAUUUCUUCAUUGAAAGUUGCAGGUGAUGAAUGCAGACUUCAUGCUGGUCGCUAUCCAUUCCGAGGAGAACCGCUGCCUGUUAGAGGUCUGCAUGGAACGGAGGAGAAACCAUUCGUGAUUGCAGCGGCCCCUGGAGACGAAUCUAAAGUUCUGCUAGAUGGGACGGUCCCAGUGACAGCCAGCAUUGAUGACUGGAAUGUUUAUGCACUGCACAGUAUGAUCUACGCGGCUAAAGCUCAGACGGAUUUCUGGCAAAUGUUUGUGGAUGAUGUGAUGCAGACGAAUGCCAGAUGGCCCAAUGCACUGUGGAGUGACUUGAGUGUAUUCAACGCCAGCUACUGGGCACAUUCAGCCAAUACCAGUAACUCAACAGCGGGUAUUAUGGUGAAUGACGACAGCCGGUUUUACUUUCCAUCAACAGCGGACAUAACUGGAGCGGUGGCAAUCCUUAACACCGGUAGCUGGGACACUUACCCGGCAAUAGUGCUGAGCCAUGAGAACGGUUACAACUCAUUCACGUACAACGCCACCGGGCAGUAUCACGAUGAACCGUUUCUCAACCGAUACUACCUUGAGGGUAAGCUGUAUUUCCUCGACACGCCAACAGAGUGGCUCUAUAACAAGACUGAAGGGAUGGCGUACUUCAUCCCUGGAGACGGACGAGGUCCUUAUGAGCACAAGAUCACGGGCAAAGUGUCGACGUAUGCUCUGAACUUCACCAACUGUAGCUACGUUCAGCUUGCCAACUUGACAUUCUUUGCCACCACAAUAUGGGCAUCAAGCGUUGCAGAGCAUCCACUACCGACGUUCAUUGACCAUUUGACCAUCUCGUCAGUAACAUUCACAUAUCCAAGCUACAGCAAACGUAUGUUGCAGGAUGUUAGUCCACCGCAGAAUACUCUGAUCAGCAGUCGCUUUUACCAGCCAGCCUCCUCUGAUAUGAUGGUGAAAAAUGUCGACACAGGUCUCGAGAAAUGGUACGCUGGUGGAGAUGAUCGAGAUCAUGGUUUCCACACAGUUUACAACAGUACGUGGAUGUACACGGAUGGCCCUGCGCUAAGUGUACAGGGCAGGUCAUGCCGCAUUGUUAACAACUACUUCGCGUACAAUGACUGGUCAGCAGCUGAUAUGAGUGCGGCCGUUGGUGCGAUCAGUACUGUGGAUGAUUCCCGCGGGUUUGGUGACCUGUUUGCCCAUAAUACCCUCUACAAUAACGGGGCCAGCACCGGUUACAAACCGCCCGCAGACUCCACUGUACAGUACAACCAUAUCGUUGGUCAGUGCUGGGGAGAUAUUCAACAUGAUGGCGCCGGUAUACAGGUACAGGCACCGGGCCAGAUGAACACAACCGUAGAGUACAACUGGGUGCACGAUUCUGUCAAGUACGGAGUGCGUUUCGAUGGUCAGCCACCGCGCACUGGUUCACACGGGAAGCUGUUUUCUAACGUUGCAUGGCACAGUGGAGGCCUCCUUGUGAAGGGAGAUUACCACCAGGUACGCCACAAUCUUGCGUUCGACUUGCACAAGGAAACAGAGAAGUUGGAGGAUGGCCAAAACUGCAGCAUGUGCGUGUAUGGGUAUGUGCGAGAAAACCCAGUCGCAAUUAACAAACACACGAAGACUGAUCACAAUGCCGCGGACAGCAUCAACGGUGGCACAGGUAACGGAGGCCACAGCAAAGUGAAGAAAGUAGAGCCUCUGCCUGGCGUAGCAUCGGACAACGUCCAAACAAACAUCCGAGAAGCGGUGAUAGACGUGGACAACCAUGACUUCCGACCUCGCAAGAAUUCAACCUUCUUGCAGUAUGGUGGCGUUGGGCCUUACCUUUCCCCGUCAACCCACCGCUGGACACAAUACUGGAUUCCAGGUCGGCAGUCCUACAAAGCUAGCACCCCAAUACCACCAGACGGUAGUACUACCGUCAAAACUGAUCGUGACUCUGUGAUGUGGCUGAUUGCACUAAAUGCACAGGCCAGUCGGGUGACAUUCUUAGCAUCCUGUAAUGCUUCAUUGCGCUCACACCCGAAGGAACACAGCCGAGAAUGGAAUAACAUUGGUCAUGAGCCCAGACCUACAGAAGAUCAUCUAUGGUCGAGCAGUCCAAUUCCAUCACCAGAGAAUGUCUACUAUCUACCGACAAGUUUGAAACCCAGGACAAAGUAUUGCUGGAAAGUUGACACGCUAAUGCCUGGAGGAACGAUUUCUCCAGGUGAUGUCUGGUCAUUCAUAACUGUCUAACAAUAGAUCAAUGCUGGAGCUUAUUCAUUUUGAAUAGUACAUGUGCGUGAAAAGUUGUUUUCAAAUCCAAACAAAAAGACCACUAGAAUCAGCAUGCUCAAAGCUUCUUGCAUAAAGCAUUCAUCAUUUGGCUGGCGUUUUCGGAUGUGAAAGUAUUUUUCAAUUUUCAGGGUUAAAAACCAGCUCUUCUCGUCUUUAUCGCACAGCUCCCAAUUGCACAAAGGAACAAGGUAGUUAUCAACAUCCUUUUCCUGUGCCUUUACUUGACAUGUUGAACAGUUCAUACCAGACCAGAUCAUGGACCUUUUCUCUUGUCAUAUACAGUGAAACAUGUCAUUAUAAGGCGACCGCUCAAGGGACCUUCAAGAUGUGGUCUCUGUUACCAGGUGGUCUCCUUAUCCAGGGUCAUUUGACUAGCAUCCCUAGCUUGAUCCUGGUUUCAGUGGUUGCCUUGACAGGGUUUACUGUAGUGUAGAACAAGUAGUAUACAUAAUACACCAUGUAAAAUUCGGUGCUUUCAGAUUCACAGAUUCUCCCCUGUAUUCCGCACCAGCUUAGCCAGUCUUGUUCAACGGUUAGAUGUGCUUACCACAUGCUUUUGCAGACUCCCGUUCGAUCUAGGAGAUUCCUUGAACAGGCAUCAAUAUCAACUUCAGUCCGUUGGCGAAUCUCGAUAGCAGCUAACGAUUCCACCUCCAGUUCUCUCCACUCCACUGUCCUUUCUCUUUCUAUUCCUGAUGCUAUUGUAGCUGCACCCGUGAUUGCCAACAUUUGGUUAGUUUAUCUUGAGAUGCUCCCAGCACAUCGCCCCAACUUCGAUCCCUUUGAUUCAUGUCUCCUCAGAAAUCUAUUGUCCACUGCCCUGGCUAUGCACGUGUGUUUGGUAGUACUUGUACAUGUAAACUGGAUUGAACACUUACCGAAUGGAAGUACACCCAUCAA